GUAUAAUCGAAACAAAUGGAAAAAGAAAGCAGGUUCUUAUAGACUUAAAUAGUGAUAUAGCAGAUGACAUAUUGCAUGAUUUUGAAAACGAUGAAUAUCAGCACAUGGACUUCCAUCAGAAAAGCAAGGAUGAGUUAGCAUCCAAUGAAGCCAUUGCAAGCAAGGACGAGUUAACAUCAAUUGAAGACAUUUCAAUGAGGAAAGAUUUAACAUCUACAGAAGUCCUUGCAAUGACAUUUAUAUCACAUGAAGAUGCGGAAAAUUUUGUAACACAUAUG